CCCUUUCCAGCUACAUUAUGAAGAAACCUCUACCAUCGUCCCUAAUAAAGUGACCUCUGUUCCUCCCACUGCUCCUCCCGUGCCUGAUGAUUUCUGCACCUUUAAGCCACUGUCUUUGGCAGAUGCUGAGGAGGAACGCCUGUUAUUAGAUUCCAUUGCUUGGCCUGAAUCUCCACGUCCGCCACCUUGUUUUCCAUUGAAUCAGACAAGUGAUUCCGCCCACAGCACCUUCACCAUUCUCCCAGGGAGGGGUGGAUUAGAGCGGCACAUAGGAGACUAGCUGGAAGUUAUGAUACAAAUGUACGACUUCCAAGGUAACCCCAAGAAGUCUGGAGGAGAUGUCUUACUUGCCCGGUUGCAUAACAGGGCACUUGAAGCAGGUGUGACCGGGCGAGUGGUGGAUCACCUUAAUGGCUCCUACUCUGCUGUAUUCCCUUUACUCUGGGAGGGAAGUGCACAGGUUGAGGUGACGCUUGUCCACUUAAGUGAGGCUGUCACAGUUUUACACAGGCUGAAUAGAGAACAUCCUGAUAGGGUUCUCUUUAAAAGCCUCUUCCGCUCAGGUUCAAUCUCUGACACUACCUUUUGUAAUGUUUGCCUACGUCAAACCAACCAGCCACAGUGCAACUACACUGACCUCCGUACAGGCGAGCCUUGGUUCUGCUACAAGCCAAAGAAACUGAGCUGUGAUGACAGGAUUAAACACAGGAGAGCCGGAUUCAAUGUAAGACUCAAGGACAAAGAGGAGAAGCUUUUCCAAAGCAAAGUCAACCUGAAAGUCUUCAUUCACUCUUCAGGACCGGCUAAUGUUACUGUGCUGCCUCCAAGGAAAGAGCAACCCACAGUCAAUCAAGGAGGUGGGAAGUCUGGACUCUCUGGGUAUUACUUCCAUGGUGUGUGGCAAUCACUAGGUGGCACCAAAGUCAACCAAUUCAACACCUCUGCCAUCAGUCAGUGUCUGAAAGGAAAGGUGGUCCACCUGUAUGGAGACUCCACCAUCAGGCAGUGGUUUGAGUACUUUGAUGCUUCACUUCCAGAUGCUAAGGAGAUUAACCGGAAUAGUCCAAAGCAAACUGGACCCUACAUGAUAUGGGACAAUGCAAAAAACAUCUUGGUAACGUACCGCUGCCACGGUCCUCCUCUUAGUUUUUUCAACACCCCAACCAGUGAACUGCGAUACAUUGCAAAUGAAAGUGACGGGUUGGUAGGUGGCACCAACACAGUUGUAGUUUUUAGCAUCUGGGCCCACUUCAGCCCUUUCCCAAUUGAGCUCUACAUCAGACGACUUCAGAGCAUCCGCAGGACGGUGAUUCGUCUGUUGAACAGGGCUCCAGACACGCUAGUGGUCAUCAGGACCGCAAACCUCAGAGGUUUAACACCUUCUGUAUCGUUAGGCUCGUUAGGUGACUGGUACGCACUACAGCAGGACAAGGUGCUCAGAGCUGUGUUCAAAGGACUUAAUGUUCGACUAGUGGACGCUUGGGAGAUGACUCUGGCCCACCACCUGCCUCACAACAUUCACCCAAGACGUCCUAUUAUUAAGAAUAUGAUUGACAUUCUCUUGUCCUACAUAUGCACCAAAUAGGGCUAGUAGAUGUGCAUUUGUUCAGUGAGGGAGUUAAUAUGUCAAUCAAUUCAAUAUUAAUUUGUAUAUAGCCAAUUCAUAACAAAUGUUAGCUCAAGACACUUUACAAAUGAGCAGGUUAAAGACCUCACUCUUUUUUACAUUAUGUUACAGUAUAGCAGGUAAACUCUUUGUUAUCUGCAAAGACCCAACGCUAAUCCACCAUAGCACUUAGCAACAUUUAGCAAAGUUACAGUGGCAAGGAAAAACUGCCUUUUUACAAACAGAAACCUUGAGCAAAACCAGAUUCAUGUUUAACAGCCAACUGCUGAAACAGUGUUGGGCUUGAAAGUGUGUGUUUUAUUAGCAGUAACAGUUACAUAUGAUAAUAGACUGAUCAGUCUAAUAUUAACGUUAGUAACAGUAUGAUGAAACAGUUAGGACUGCUUAUGUUUGAUCAUGUGUAUGUUUUUAUCAGACCUCCCAAGGACUUUAUAUUUUUAUUUUUAUAAAUCAUGAUUAAAAUGAUAAUUUUGGUAAUAUAAAAAACACGUUUGUUGUGUUGAACUUUCGUGCACGGCCUGAAUACACCCUCUUUUUUUGAGAAAUAGAAA